AUGUCUGCUGCCAGCUGUCUUCUAUCUGAAGAUCAGUUUCUGUGCUCCAUCUGUCUGGAUGUCUUCACUGAUCCAGUCUCCACACCAUGUGGACACAACUUCUGCAAAAACUGCAUCAGUCAUCACUGGGAUAUCAGUGAGAGGUGUCAGUGUCCCAUGUGUAAUAAGUUGUUUGAGACCAGACCUGAGCUGCACAUCAACACUUUAUUUUCUGAGAUGGUUUCUCAGUUCAGACGUAAAGCUCAGCAGAAAGUCAGCCAGAAAAGACAUCAGCUGAUUGAUCCUGAGGAGAACCUGGAAGGCAGGAUGUGUAUGAAGCACAAUAAACCUCUGGAGCUGUUCUGUAAGACCGAUCAGACAUGUGUCUACGUGCUCUGCUCUGUUGUUGACCACAAGACUCAUGAGUUUGUUCCUAUGAGAGAAGAAUAUGAAGGAAAGAAGGCAGAACUGGGGAAGACUGAGGCUGAAAUUCAACAAAUGAUCCAGAAGAGACGACUGAAGAUUCAGGAGAUCAAAAAGUCAGUGAAGAUGAGUAAAGAUGCUGCAGACAGAGAGAAAGCAGAAGGUGUUCAGGUCUUCACUGCUCUGAAGGAGUCUGUUGACAGACGCCUGAAUGAGCUCAUAAAGGAGAUUGAAGACAAACAAGAAUCAACAGAGAAACAGGCUGAAGGUUUCAUCAAAGAUCUGGAACAGGAAAUCUCUGAGCUGAUGAAGAGAAGCUCUGAGGUGGAGCAGCUCUCACACGCUAAAGAUCACCUCCACCUCCUACAAAGCUUCUCCUCUCUGAAAGCUGCUCCAACCACCAAAGACUGGACAGAGGUCAGUAUCCAUCCACCAUCAUAUGAGGGGACUGUGGUGAGAGCUGUGGAUCAGCUGAAGGCAACACUCAGUAAAGACAUGAAGAAGCUGUUUGAGGCUGAGUUGAAGAGGGUCCAGCAGUAUGCAGUGGAUGUGACUCUUGAUCCUGAUACAGCACAUCCUUAUCUCAUCCUGUCUGAUGAUGGAAAACAAGUACACUGUGGUGAAGAGGAGAAUGAUCUUCCAGACAACCCAGAGAGAUUUUCUCUGUUUCUUUGUGUUUUAGGAAAGCAGAGUUUCUCUUCAGGCAGAUUUUACUUUGAGGUUCAACUUACAGAUAAGACUAAAUGGUUUUUAGGAGUGUGCAGAGAGUCAGUCAACAGAAAGGAAGAAAUCACACUGAGUCCUGAGAAAGGUUACUGGACUGUAGCAGAACUAGAUAAAAAUAUUUAUGUAGCGCUUCAGGAUUUUCCAGUCCGUCUCCUGCUUCAGUCAGACCCUGAGAAGGUGGGGGUGUUUGUGGAUUAUGAGGAGGGUCUGGUCUCCUUUCAUGAUGUAGAUGAUGCAGCUCUUAUCUACUCCUUUACUGGCUGCUCCUUCACUGAGAAACUCUACCCAUUCUUCUGUCCCUGUGAUAAUGAUGAUAGUGGUGUAAACUCAGCACCUCUGAUCAUUUGUCCUGUCAACCAAUGA